AAUCGAGAUUUUACGUUUUUAUAGAGUAUGAGGGAAAAAGUGUAUAUUCAACAUAUGGUAGGCAUAGGUAAUAUGGAGAUCUGAAAUUCGUGGAUAUUUGAAAUAAGUGAAACAGGGAAUCAAUUUCAUAUAGUAGAUAAACCGAUACAUGGAAUUUCAUCAUCUUAUUUGUACGGAUUUUCAACUAUGUUAUACACUAUAGGGCUUCAACUGUGAAAGGUGAAUGAUUCCAAAGCAUAUUGGAUUGGUUUGGGGAACAAAACAUUUGCAAUUUUUGGGGUGUGAUUAAAUAUUGAGAUAAUUUUUUUUAUUUCAAAUUGUUCGAAUGUAUUAAAGUUAUCUAUACAUAAAAGACUUCCUGUCUGCUAUACAUUUCAUAGCUAUGCAAAUAAUAUGCGUGGACUCCCAGUAGACUCAGCCCCCUGUAUCUUCUGCAAUCUUUGAUCCAAAUCUUAAGUAAGCCUGAGGAGUAAAUAUACCCUAAAGUACCUUUUGGGUAGCAUGUCACUACAGCGAGAAAGCUGACGAUGUAGUAAAAGAAAAAAGGGUACACCCCACCAGAACCACCACAAAACCUAAUUUUAAAGCACCAAAACUAAUUUUCCGGAUAUUUUCUUGUAAAGAACAUUAUCGCUGUUGAAUAUGAAAUCAACGUUGCCAACGUUACCAAGUGUGUAAGGAUGAUGAAGAGAUAACAACGAUUGGACAUCUAUUAUCGCAAAUGUCCUUCGUUGGCGCGCUGGAGACUACGAUCACUCCAUUUCCAGUCUCUGUGAUUUUCAAAAAUGUUGUAUUGAACGUGCUAUAAUCAAACCAAGAUGCAGCGGCUUCAGCAUUACUUUCCAUCGAUGUUGGAAGUUUUGAAUAUUUGCUUUUGUAAUAGAAAAAACAACAAUUUUGAAAAUUUUUAAUUCAAUAUUUUGAUUGGAAAAAUAAUUUGCCCCAAAUUUUGUACUUCAAAUCAAUUCGCCCUGACUACAACUUUGACACAUCAAGUUUCCAAAAAAGUAGCUUUGUUGUAAUUUUCGCCUAUGUUGCUACUUGGUAUUUCUACCAUGGUUCUACCUUAGUAUUGUAUUUGAAAUUUAUUUUUCUGAAAAAAAAUCGUAAGCUAACGUCACUAAAGAACUAAAAAUAAAUAAAACAAAUAAUACGAUAAACUCUGAAAUUAAUUUUAUUUAUACAAUCCAUUGCAAUCGAACUUUCGAGCUAUGCCAUUCCAUAUACCACGUCCAUUUGGUAGAACAAUGGCGAGAAGUGCUUCAUCUGUUAGUUUGAAUUCAUGGCCAUCGGAACAAUUAUCCAACGAUAGUAUUCUAAGCAGCCGUAGUUGUGAGCCUUCAUUUCGUGUUAGAGAUCCAAUACAAAUGUAUGAUCAGAUCACAUCGCACUAUGGAAUCGACUUUCAAAGGGAGAAUGGUCUUACUAUUGCCGAGGAAUAUAAAAAAUCUAUUGCAUUUUCUGAAACACAGAGUGAUAUUGUACCACCACUAGAUUUACAAUCGGAAGAGAAUUAUCCAGCGGCCAGUGAUAUGACCUAUUCAGUAAAAAUUGAUCGUCAACCAGAAUUUUCUUAUGCAACAUGGCUAUCGGCAAAAAGAAAACACCUUUCUGUAGAAGCUGCCCGUCGCAAAGAAGAAGCUGAGCGAAAACGUCAAGAAUUAGAGGAACGAAAGCGCAUAUCCAAGGAAAAAUAUGAAAAGUGGCUGGAAAAUAAGGCCAAACAACAAAAUCAACAAUAUUCUCAACACAGUAUAAACGAAUUAAAUUCGAAUAAAACGCAUAAUAGUCAAACAUAUUUUCCAAAUGUUUCACAAAAGUCAUUACGUUCCUCUGACAAUGAUGAAAGGCCGAAAGCUCAUCUAGAUGAAUGGGAACGUACGAAACGGUUGCAGGAAGAACGUCGACGUAUGCGAAAACAACAGGAAGAACAACAACGUCGUGAAUUAGAGGAACAGCGUCGUAAGGCUGCCGCAGAAGCCUGGGAUAAAUGGUUGGCCGAUGCGGCUAAGAAACCAAAACCUGUUCCAUUGAAUCGCGGCAUAUUUACAUUACGUGGGACAAUUUCAGAUAUUUUUGUUAAUCCCAAUGAAUGGAAACCAAUAUUGCCCAAUGGUGAUGACAAUAAUUAAAAACAUCUUCAGGAGAUUCUAACUUUUUUCAUAUAUUUUGUGUAUCUUGUUUACAUUGAAAUAUAUUUUUUAAUCUGAGCAAAUUCGA